AAUGGAUACACCCCUCUGCAUAUUGCUGCCAAGAAAAAUCAGAUGCAGAUAGCUACCACGCUAUUGAACUAUGGGGCUGAGACCAACAUUUUGACCAAGCAGGGAGUCACCCCACUUCAUUUGGCCUCCCAAGAAGGUCACACUGACAUGGUGACCUUGCUUUUGGAGAAAGGAUCCAAUAUCCAUGUGGCAACAAAGACUGGACUGACAUCCUUACACCUUGCAGCUCAAGAGGAUAAAGUGAACGUAGCUGAAAUACUCACAAAACACGGUGCGAACCAAGAUGCUCAGACAAAGCUUGGUUAUACACCUUUAAUUGUGGCGUGUCACUACGGAAACAUCAAAAUGGUGAAUUUUCUUCUCAAGCAGGGAGCAAAUGUCAAUGCUAAAACAAAGAACGGAUACACCCCUCUUCACCAAGCUGCUCAACAAGGCCACACUCACAUCAUUAACGUUCUCCUCCAACAUGGGGCCAAGCCCAAUGCCAUCACCACUAAUGGUAACACUGCCUUAGCUAUUGCAAGGCGUCUGGGAUAUAUCUCAGUGGUCGAUACGCUGAAGGUUGUAACGGAGGAGAUUACCACCACCACAACUACUGUAACAGAGAAGCACAAGCUAAAUGUACCUGAGACAAUGACUGAGGUGCUGGAUGUUUCAGAUGAAGAAGGUGAUGACACAAUGACAGGAGAUGGAGGAGAGUACCUUAGGCCAGAAGACCUCAGAGAACUAGGAGAUGACUCUUUACCAAGCAGCCAGUUCUUAGAUGGUAUGAACUACCUAAGGUACAGCUUGGAAGGAGGACGAUCUGACAGCCUGCGAUCCUUCAGUUCAGACAGGUCCCACACAUUGAGCCAUGCGUCCUACCUGAGGGACAGCGCCAUGAUUGACGAUACGGUUGUAAUCCCCAGCCAGCAGGUAACAACUCUGGCCAAAGAAGCUGAAAGGAAUUCAUAUCGCUUAAGCUGGGGCCCUGAAAACUUGGACAAUGUGGCUCUUUCUUCCAGCCCUAUUCAUUCAGGAUGCUCUUCUCCAUGUCUUGAUCAUGACAACAGCAGCUUCCUAGUUAGUUUCAUGGUGGAUGCUCGUGGGGGUGCCAUGAGAGGCUGCAGACAUAACGGACUGCGAAUCAUUAUUCCUCCGCGGAAGUGCACUGCUCCGACACGAGUGACUUGCCGGUUGGUGAAACGCCACAGACUGGCCACCAUGCCUCCUAUGGUGGAAGGCGAGGGCCUGGCCAGCCGCCUGAUUGAAGUUGGACCUUCUGGUGCUCAGUUUCUUGGUAAACUUCAUCUGCCUACGGCUCCUCCCCCACUUAAUGAGGGAGAAAGCUUGGUCAGCCGAAUCCUUCAGCUGGGGCCUCCUGGGACCAAAUUCCUUGGGCCUGUGAUUGUGGAGAUUCCCCAUUUUGCUGCUCUGCGUGGGAAGGAGAGAGAGCUGGUGAUCCUGCGCAGUGAGAACGGGGACAGCUGGAAGGAGCACUUCUGUGAAUACACUGAGGAUGAACUGAAUGAAAUCUUGAAUGGGAUGGAUGAAGUACUUGACCCUCCAGAGGAGCUGGAGAAGAAACGUAUCUGCCGCAUCAUCACCCGAGAUUUCCCUCAGUACUUUGCAGUGGUAUCCCGGAUCAAACAGGACAGCAACCUUAUCGGACCUGAGGGAGGUGUGCUGAGCAGCACUGUUGUACCACAAGUGCAGGCAGUCUUCCCAGAAGGGGCUCUGACCAAACGAAUUCGCGUUGGCCUCCAGGCUCAACCUAUGCAUACUGAACUUACAAAGAAGAUUUUAGGCAACAAGGCUACCUUCAGUCCUAUAGUCACACUGGAGCCCAGGAGAAGGAAGUUCCAUAAACCCAUCACGAUGACGAUUCCUGUCCCCAAGGCCUCCAGUGAUGGGAUCAUGAAUGGCUAUGGAGGCGACACACCCACUUUAAGGUUACUAUGCAGCAUAACAGGAGGCACCACCCCUGCCCAAUGGGAAGACAUCACUGGAACAACACCACUGACCUUUGUUAAUGAAUGUGUUUCCUUCACAACAAAUGUGUCUGCCAGAUUUUGGUUGAUAGACUGUCGACAGACACAAGAAUCUGUUACUUUCGCUUCCCAAGUGUACAGAGAGAUUAUCUGUGUCCCCUACAUGGCCAAAUUUGUGGUGUUUGCCAAAUCACAUGAUCCCAUUGAAGCACGGUUACGAUGUUUUUGCAUGACAGAUGACAAGGUGGAUAAAACUCUAGAACAACAAGAAAAUUUUGCUGAAGUUGCCAGAAGCAGGGAUGUAGAGGUAUUAGAAGGAAAACCCAUCUAUGUUGACUGCUUUGGCAAUUUGGUGCCACUAACAAAGAGUGGGCAGCAUCAUAUAUUCAGUUUUUUUGCCUUCAAAGAAAAUAGACUUCCUCUGUUUGUUAAGGUGCGAGAUACCACUCAAGAACCCUGUGGACGAUUAUCAUUCAUGAAGGAGCCCAAAUCUACAAGAGGCCUCGUUCAUCAAGCCAUAUGUAAUUUAAACAUCACUUUACCUGUUUACACCAAGGAAUCAGAAUCAGAUCAAGAACAAGAAGAAGAGGUUGAUAUGACUUCA